AUGGCAAACCAAAACUCAACCCAAAACCUCAACCAAAAUCAAUUCCAAUACCGAAGCAACUUCAAUCCCGCCCAAAACGUUCAACCUAUACCUCAAGAGCGACCGGGUGGUAAUAACAAUACCGGACCACCUACACCACCUUUCCAAAACCAAAAUCCCAACAAUACCCAAAGAACCCCACCACAACAAAACCUUCAUCGACAACAAUCCUUACCCCUAAACCUUGAUGAUCGAAAUGCCAAUUCCGACCGCCGAGGCACCCGAGAUCGCGGGAAUCCCGCGAACGAAGAUCUAUUCUUCAACAUAGACGAUUUAAGGAACACCAUCCCCGAUUAUGAGCCGUUUAGUGUUCCUGGUUGCCAAUCUCCAGAACAUGUAAGCAUUCAUACGGAAAAUUCGGACGAUGGGGGGUACUAUGAUGAUCGGGCUAACGAUGACGAAGAUUGGGGAUACGUGAAUCGGGGUAAUGGUUACAAUGCAGGAGGGUAUGAAGAUGAGGAAUUUGGCUACCAAAAUGCCAAUUAUUUUGGGGAUGAAGACUACGGGUAUGGGAAUAGAAGAGAUGACGGUUACGAGAAUAACCACCAACCACGAAAUAACAACCAAAGGAACCGAAAUGACGGGUUUUACAAUAACAACAACAAUGGCAACCCUAAUCGUAUUCCUCGUUUCGUGGGAGGGGGUAACCAAAGGGGUAACCAAGGUGGAAAUCGAAGAGACGAUAGAAGAGAGGAGGUCAAGCUUCAUUUGUUCCAAUUGUCGUUGAAAGACAAGGCAAAGCAAUGGUUUCUCACACUUCCGGCGAAUAGCAUCCGGACAUGGGGUGAGAUGCAACAAGCCUUCUUAGACGAAUACUAUUCGAUGGCAAAAACCGACGAUGCUAGGGAUGAAAUAAGGUCAUUUCGGCAACUAUCGAGUGAACCGUUGCAUGAAGCAUUCACUCGAUUCAAGGAAUUGAUGCGAAGAUGCCCACAUCACCAAAUAGAAAAGUGGGAAUUGGUGAAGUGUUUUGUACAUGGGUUGGAUGACACAACAUGGAAUCGUCUCGAAUCGACGAGCAAUGGGGCUCUUUUGAGCAACCAUGAAGACGAUGAUUGGGAGUUUUUGGAACGGAUGAGUAAACGUUCAAAAGAAAAAGAAUUGGCCGAUCGAGCUAAGAAACACCCCAUUUCCCGAUCACUUCCCGAUCUCGACUCUAAGGAUCGGAUUUCUACCUUAGAGCGGUAA